UUAAAUAUCAGGGUACAAUUUAGCCAAGGCUGCUAAGAUCCAAGGCUACGAUUUUGGAAACGAAGCCGAACCAUUACUACAUGACGACUUGCACGGCUGCAUCGAACACACACCAUCAAAUAAUCUAUACGAAUUCACCUUACCUUCCCACUUUUCUCCAUUUCCCCUUCCUCUCAACCCCAACAUCCACUUCUAAUCACCACCAUGAAUAUCGUCGAAUGGGCAUUUGGCAAACGCAUGACGCCUGCAGAGCGCCUGCGCAAACAUCAACGAUCGCUCGAAAAAACACAACGCGAACUCGAUCGCGAGAGAACGAAGCUGGAAAAUCAGGAGAAAAAAUUGAUUCAGGAGAUCAAGAAGAGUGCGAAGAAUGGUCAAAUGGGCGCGGCGAAGAUUCAGGCGAAGGAUUUGGUCAGGACAAGGAGAUAUGUGGAGAAGUUUUAUAGCAUGAGGACGCAGUUGCAGGCGAUUAGUUUGAGGAUACAGACGGUCCGAACUAACGAACAAAUGAUGCAAGCUAUGAAAGGCGCUACCGGCGUUCUCGGCAGCAUGAACCGCAGCAUGAAUCUCCCAGCGCUUCAAAGAAUCGCCAUGGAAUUCGAAAAGGAAAACGACAUUAUGGAUCAGCGACAAGAAAUGAUGGAUGAUGCGAUUGAUGAUGUCACGGGCCUGGAAGAUGAGGAGGAGGGCGAGGAAGUGGUCGAACAGGUUUUGGAGGAAAUUGGAAUCGAUUUGAAAGCGGCGAUGGGGGAGGCGCCACAGGGUUUGCAGAGUCAGACGGUGGCGGAGGGGAGGGUGGCUCAGGCUGUUGGGGGUGGUGGGGCGGCGGAUCCGGGUGAUGAUGAUUUGCAGGCGAGAUUGGAUAGUUUGAGGAGGGAUUGA